AUGUCCAUUAUGAAGCAGAGGCUACCACUGGGGGAGUUUUCCAGCUCGAAGAUCAACAAACUGGCAAUUGCCAAUAUUGCAGACGCUAGCGAGCCUAGAAACCAUGGAGAAAACAACGUCGGGACUGUGUGUCUUCCCUCUAUCAAGAGUUUGAUGGUUAGUCCUGAAGUAUACGAAAACACGAAGAGUCUUCCUGUUCCCCUAAUGAGGAGCAGUGGCGGAGGUAUGGCUUGUGCCAGUAAGUCCUCAUGCCAGGAUGGUAUUAGUACGAAAACAACGUCUAGAGAUUACUCUGAGCUUUCCAAGAAGUUGCAAAUUCGUUUACAGUUCGCCUAUUAUAAAUACAAGACUAAGCAAACAGACAAAAAUUUCACAGACUUGAAAUCAAAGCAUAGCAUUACGAGGCCUUCCAAAGUCGCGACUCACAGUAAAUCAGAACCUUUAACUAGGAGAAGAAAAUUAGUACUAUCUCAGGGUCAUUAUAAAACCCCUGCUAGGUCUAAGAUCAAAACUCCAUCUUCGAUUUGCUCUCACGAUAAUACAUCUUCCUUUACAUCUUUCCGCGGUGUCAGCGAAAGCUCGAGCACUACCGCAGAUAUGAACGUCGCAGAUACCACCACACCAAUACGCAACAACAUAAACACAAAGCAUUCAAACAGUCAUAAUCGCACAUUGUAUCAGAGACAAGAAACACCUACAAGCAUCAAAGCCGCUAAGUCUUUAAUUCAUCUCUUUACAAGUAACCAAUAA